AUGUCCAACUUUUCUGAAGGUGUACAAAGGAGUCAACAAGAUUCAAGAACUUCAAGCCCAGCUUUAUCAGACACUGGUAGUAUUUCUCAAAAUGUCAAUCAACUUCCCCAAAAUCCAAGUCAAGGGUAUAAACCUCAACAAGGUUACAAUCAACCUGCUGUUCCCUACGGCCAGAAUGCAAGUUACCAUUCUCAAAACCAGCAAAUGGUGCAGGGAGACCAGAAACCAAAACAGGCUAUGAACCAAUCCUAUCCAACAGGCACUGGUAUGCCAUUACAGACACAAUUUGGGGGUCAGUUACCCCAUCAAAAUAUCCAGGGCCAGAUGCCUGGUCAAAGUUUUACUCAGCAACCCUGCCAUUCUGGACAGUAUCCUCAAAACCAACAACAGACUUUACCCGGAGGUCCAUCUGGACAAUAUCUUCAGAAUCAACAACAGAAUGUACCAGGAGGUCCAUCUGGACAAUAUCCUCAAAACAAGCAACAGAACUUACCAGGAGGUCCAUCUAGGCAAUAUCCUCAGAACCAGCAACACAAUUUACCAGGAGGGCCACCUGGGCAGUAUUCUCAGAACCCGCAACAAAAUUUACCAGGAGGUCCGUCUGGGCAGUUUGCUCAGAACAAGCAACAGAAUAUACCUGGGGGUCCAACUGGACAAUAUCCUCGGAGCCCACAACAGAAUUUACCAGGAACUCCAUCUGGGCAGUUUGCCCAGAACAAGCAACAGGAUUUACCAGGAGUGCCAUCUGGACAGUACCCUCAGAACAAACAACAAAAUAUACCAGAAGGUCCAUCUGGACAGUUUCUUCAGAACCAGCAACAGAAUUUACCUGGAGGUCCAUCCUCUUAUCAACGUGGACAAAACCUUCAACAACCUUCUCCAGCAGCUUCCCCAAGACCACAGUAUCCACCUGUAUCUAAUACACAGUACAAUCAAAACAUUGGUUAUGCUGAUACAUCUUUUGAAGGAGCUACACAGCGUCAACCAGUACCCCAAAAUAUUGCAGGAUAUCAAUCUUCUGGGGUACAGCAGAUAUCACCUGCACAUCAGUACAAAAUGGAACAACCAAAUUAUUCUUACCAGAAUUCACAACAGCCAACACAACCUGUCUAUUCUAAUCAGACUUCAGCUGGUCAAGCUUUUGGUAACUCCCAAACACAAUACCCUUACCAACAGCCCCAAAACAUAAGCCCACACCAUCAAAGUCAGCAGUUGCCUCAUAUGUCACAGCCCUAUCGUACCCCCAUGAUGAAACAUGCUCCAAAUCCUCAACAGACAAAUCCAAACCAGUCUAACAGUCAGUACACAACCACCCAACAAGUAUCACAGAAUCAAAAUUACACUGGACAAGAACAACCGGCAAGAAUAGUGCCUUUUUCAACACAGAAUAUUUAUGAUAGGACAUCAACCCAACAGCCUGGUCAGAGGUUCCAGAAUCAGCAAACCCCACAGUUGUAUGCAUCAAUGCAACAACCUGCAACUGCAGCCCAAUCAUUACCAGCUUCCCAAGGCUUUCAUCAGAAGCCAGGGCAG